ACGAUAAAUCUGAAAAAUGUACACAAAAAGCAGUUGGUAAAUAUGCUCCAAUCGAUCUCUUCUCUUUCUCCCUUCUCUCACCAACUCUCUCUCAAGCAAAAAUGCAGAGCAAUAAUUCUACUGAAGGAGACACAUUCCAUAUCCGCAAAUUGGAGAUCUCAGACAAAGAAAAAGGUUUCAUUGAAUUAUUAAAACAAUUGACUGUUUGUGAUUCUGUAACAGACGAAAAAUUCAAGGAAAGAUUCGAAGAGAUUACAAAAUAUGGAGAUGAACAUAUUAUUUGUGUGAUUGAAGAUGUUAAAUCAGGAAAAAUUGUUGCAACAGGAAGUGUAUUUAUUGAGAAAAAAUUCGUAAGAAAUUGUGGAAAAGCUGGUCAUAUUGAGGAUGUUGUUGUUGAUUCAAGUACACGUGGCAUGCAAUUAGGUAAAAAAAUUGUUGAGUAUCUUGCUAAUCAUGCUUAUUCUAUGGGGUGUUAUAAGGUAAUACUUGAUUGUACGGAAGGGAAUAGAGCUUUUUAUGAGAAAUGUGGUUUCAAGAAAAAAGAGAUUCAAAUGGUUAAGUAUUUUGUUUGAUGAAUGUUUGUGUUGGCCGCGGAGUCAGGAUUUUGAGUAUAUGGGUUUUGGUAUCUAAAACAGGAUAGGUGAUAUAGAGCUACUGGGUUCUGUCGAACUUGUAGCUAGACUUGUAAUCUUGGAAGAUUGUUAGUCCUCGUUUUGUUUCUUGUAAUGAGUUUAUUCAAAAGAGAUUUACAUGGUUAAGUAUUUUGUUUGAUGAAUAUUUAUAUUAGUGGCGGAAUCGGGAUUUUAAGUAUAUGAGUUCUGAAAUCCAUGACAGAAUGAAUAAUAUAGAGGUUCUAUCGAAUCCGUAGCUAGACUUGUAGCUCCGCCGCUACCGUUAGUUGGUUUACUGUGAUUUUUGGCAUUAAUCUUGGACGAUUGUUGUUCCUCAGUUUAUUAAAAAGAGAUUCACAUGUUUGAGUA